AUGCCGGAGAAACAAGACACACCUCUGAGGCCACUGCAGCCGCAAACACGAUGCCUCCAGUGUGGGGACAUUCUGGAGUGGUCAGAGGAGCACAGUGUCCUCCUUGGCUGCUCAUGUUGUUCCACAGUGGAUGAGGCUAUUGAGAAAGUAGCCAGAGGCCUGGGCAACAAAAUGAAGAAGAAAACUCACUGGGCAGCCGGGAGAGUGGGUGACAUUGACUUUAUUGGACCUACAAAGACUAAAGGAAAGUUUGUGAGGGUGUGCAGCAGCACAGACCCCGUUUUGAUUUACAAGAUGCUGACGGAGGAGUGGGGCCUCUCUCCUCCACACUUGGUAGUGGCGUUGGUGGGAGGAGAUGAGCUGGCUCAGAUGAAGCCCUGGCUCAGGGACACUCUUAGGAAAGGGCUUGUGAAAGCUGCACAGAGCACAGGGGCCUGGAUUUUAACUAACGGCCUUCGCUUUGGGAUCACCAAGCAUUUGGGCCAGGCAGUGAGAGAUCACUCCUUGGCCAGCACCUCCUCUAAAGUGCGUGUUGUGGCCAUUGGCAUUGCACCCUGGAACAUGAUCCACAACCGAGAAGCACUCCUCACUGCCAAGGUGGAUGAGCCAGCAGUAUACAAACCGCAGGACCUGCCCCAUGGCUCAGUGUAUUCCCUGGACAGCAACCAUUCUCACUUUGUGCUUGUGGAGGAGGAUCCCAACAGACCAGGAGCCACCAGUGAAAUGAGAGUGAAGCUGCUCAAACACAUUUCCCUGCAACGCACAGGUUAUGGAGGAACAGGAAGUUUUGAGAUCCCUGUUCUGUGUCUCCUGGUCCACGGGGAGCCCAGGAUCCUAAAGAGGAUGUAUAAGGGCAUUGGAAAUUCCACACCGUGGCUGAUUCUGGCAGGCUCUGGAGGAGUGGCUGACAUCCUAGUCACGCUGAUGAACAGAGGCUGCUGGGACGCAGACAGUGUUCAUGAGCUGCUGUUGGACACCUUUCCCAAUGCCCACCACAGCACAGACAUCAGUAACUGGGUCAAGCUGAUCCAAAAGAUACUUGAUCACGGGCAUCUUCUGACUGUCCAUGACCCUGAACAGGAAAGCUCCGAGCUGGAUACUGUCAUUCUCAAAGCUCUUGUCAAGGCCUGUAAGAGUCAAAGUCAAGAAGCUCAGGACUUCCUGGAUGAGCUGAAGCUGGCCGUGGCCUGGAACAGAGUGGACAUUGCCAAGAGUGACAUCUUCAACGGAGAUGUGGAGUGGAAGGCUUGCGACCUGGAGGAAGUGAUGAUGGAUGCCCUCAUCAAUGACAAACCGGACUUUGUGCGCCUCUUUGUGGACAAUGGGGUGAACCUGGGGGAGUUCCUCACCUACGGUCGCCUGCAGGAGCUUUACUGGUCUGUGUCGGAAAAAAGCCUCCUUCACAACCUGCUUCUGAAAAAGUAUGAGGAGAAGCAGCUCCUGCUGGGGGCAGCGAGGACACCUGGUCCGCCAGGACACCAUCCCACUGAGCAAGGGAAACCUCGCUUCACCCUUUUUGAAGUCGCCAAAGUCCUGAAGGACUUUCUGCACGACUCUUGCAAAGGCUUUUAUCAGAAGAUGCCAGCAGAGAAGCCAGCAAAGGGCCGACUGUUCCAUAGCCAGAAGAACCUUCCCGAGUUAGAAGAGCGCUGUGAACAUCCUUGGCGAGAUCUCUUCCUCUGGGCUGUCCUUCAGAACCGGCAGCAGAUGGCUAACUACUUCUGGGCCAUGGGCCCCGAGGCAGUUGCAGCGGCGCUGGCAGGAUGUAAGAUUCUGAAAGAGAUGGCACGCCUGGAAUCUGAGGCUGAGUCCGCGCGCAGUAUGAAGGAGGCCAAGUACGAGCAGUUUGCCCUUGACGUCUUUGGAGAGUGUUAUUCCAACAGCGAAGACAGGGCCUAUGCCUUGUUAGUGAGAAGAACUCACUGCUGGAGUAAAUCCACGGUUCUCAACUUGGCAACUGAGGCUGACGCCAAAUCUUUCUUUGCCCACGAUGGGGUUCAGGCUCUCCUCACGAAGCUUUGGUGGGGGGCUAUGACCACAGACACAGCCAUCUCCAAGCUUGUGGUCUCUUUCUUCAUCCCACCCCUUAUUUGGACCAACCUCAUUAAGUUUAGUGAUGAGGAACUGGAUAAUCGUGACGGUAAGAAGGAAUUUGCGGAGCUGGACAGCCUCGAUACGGAAAAGGCUUUACUGUUAACGGACGAUGAUGACCCUUUAGAUGCUUCACCUGGAGGUCAGACAUCCCAGAGCUGUGCCACGGUUUGGUGGCGCUUCUUGCUCCGACGCUGGCGUCGCUUCUGGAGCGCCCCUGUCACGGUGUUCCUCGGCAACGUCAUCAUGUACUUUGCCUUCCUCUGCCUCUUCACUUACGUGCUGCUCCUAGACUUCCGCCCACCGCCCCCGCUCGGUCCUGGAGCUCCUGAGAUAAUGCUCUACUUCUGGGUGUUCACCUUGGUGCUGGAGGAACUCCGACAGAGUUUCUUCACUGACGAAGAGAUGAACAUCCUAAAGAAGUUUAAGCUCUACGUGGAGGACAACUGGAACAAGUGUGACAUGGUGGCCAUCUCGCUCUUUGUUGUUGGGGUUUCCUGCAGAAUGUCCAAGGGCACCUAUGAAGCGGGAAGGACGGUUCUGGCCAUAGAUUUUAUGGUUUUUACUUUACGUCUCAUCCACAUCUUUGCCAUACAUAAGCAACUCGGGCCCAAGAUCAUCAUUGUGGAAAGAAUGAUGAAGGACGUUUUCUUCUUCCUCUUUUUCCUGAGUGUGUGGCUAAUUGCUUACGGCGUAGCUACACAGGCUCUCCUCCACCCCAACGACCCAAGGAUUGACUGGGUGUUUCGCAGAGCCCUAUACCGCCCUUAUCUGCACAUAUUUGGCCAAAUCCCCCUGGAGGAAAUAGACGCUGCUCGAAUGCCAAAAAAUAACUGCACGAAUGACUCGAACGAGAUUAUCAUGGGUCUUCGACCGCCGUGUCCCAACGUCUACGCCAACUGGCUGGUCAUUCUGCUGCUAGUUAUCUUCCUUCUUGUCACCAACGUGCUUCUGCUCAACCUCCUUAUCGCCAUGUUCAGCUACACCUUCCAGGUGGUGCAAGGUAAUACAGACAUCUUCUGGAAGUUCCAGAGAUAUAACCUGAUUGUGGAAUACCACAGCCGCCCUGCACUGGCCCCACCCUUCAUCAUCAUCAACCACAUCUUUCAGCUCUUCCUCUGCAUGGUCAAACGGCCCGAGUCCAAGCAGGAGCAUCUUGAGAGGGAGCUGCCGGCAGGACUAGACCAGAGGCUCAUAACAUGGGAGACGGUGCAGAAAGAGAAUUACCUGGCAAAACUGGAGCGCCAGCACUGGGAGAGCAGUGAGGAGAGACUCAAGAGUACCUCCUCGAAGGUUCAGAGCUUGCUAAAGAUUGUUGGUGGAUUUAAGGACCAGGAGAAGCGGCUGGUGUCAGUGGAAGCUCAGGUCAGGUACUGCGGAGAGGUGCUGUCCUGGAUGGCGGAGUGCUUUUCACAAAGCACGCUCAAAUGCGGAAAGGAUGCCCCAAAAGCUCCAACAUCUCUGACAGGCAGCAAUGCAGACAGCACUGCAGACACACCUCAGAGUCGCCCGGAGCAAGAAGCCAGACAUGAAGAGGAAGACUCCAAACCUGGUCACCCAGGAUAUGGAGCCAGCAAGAAAUUUCCCUACAUUGAUGAAUAAUAGUCACAACGCUGACUUGUAGCAGAUGGCCGACCCAAUUCUUCCUCUUCUCCUUACACUUCUCCUUACAUCCUGACCUUUCAGUAGUUUGUCCUCUUUUUAUGUAAUGAUAGAGAAGCUCUGGUCACUUGGUUUAUCCUCAUUUAAAGGAGUGCAAGUGUGUUACCAUUUUAUUCCAAAAGAACUGUCCACUCGUCAAGCUGGAAUAGCCUUUAUGAUUGCGUUUAUUUCAGCAGGUUGUUAAAAUGCAGGAAAUGAAAUCAACUUUCAAACGUGCCACUUGCGUAUGUUAAAAUGUGGGUUCCUUAUACAGAGAGCAUCAGGAACAUUUGAACAAGUAACGAAUGACAAUCUUGAAAAACCAACCCCCUCCCUCCCCCUCAACAUUAUUGAAACACGUAACAUUUACAUACUCAGAUCAUGACAUCAUUGCAAGACAGAAAACAAAAGUAAACCUUUACACAGUUAGCAUUUAAAGGCUCAAUACAUUGCUUUGUGACUGCGAGCGAUUACAUUACACUUCCAUACGUUCGGAUUCAAUUCACUGUGAUCACAUUACCCAGGAACCGGUGUGAAACAAAUCAAACACCACAAACAAUCAUAUUAAAAUCAACUCGACUUACUGCAGCCAAACAAAACUGUGACAAAGAACCCCCAGAACAUCUUCUGAUACUGCAUGACGGUAUGCCUUUCUUUUUCUUUUCUAAUUUUCUCAACAUUUUAAAGCCAGGUUGCUCAGCGGAUUUGAAGCUUUUAAAGAGUACCCCAAGUUUAAAAGGGCUGUUCUCUGGAUGACUUUAUGGAACAUGUCGACUGGGAGUUUUCAUUUCAGCACAGUUAAGAGUUUUAGCCAUUUUCUAUCUUCUGAAAGCAAACUUUGCUCAUAAAUCUUCAAGCUUUGCUCCCACCUCCACUAAAUAUAAAAGUGGAUGUUAGCCUCUCAUUCGGCUUGGGGAAGCAUGUCUUCAAAUGUCAGGCUUGUGGUAUACAUGUUUUUAUGCCUCAUCUUAUCUCACUUAUUUGAAAAAAUAAAUAAAAAGAAAACCUCUACGGGCUUUUUCCUUGCUCAUCUGUCAAUUGAGAUUAUAUUACAUAAGCGUUUCUCUUGAUGCUAAUAAAGUUAUUUCCACACAGCUCAAA